CGGACGUCUGGCUCCGCACAGAAGGACAUGAACUCCCUGAGCUGAGGCGGUGAACGACGCUAACAGCGGAGUGCUCGGUUCUUUAUGGGUUAAUAACCGUGUUUAAGACUCAGUUUGGUUUCGGUUGAUUAAAAUGGCCUCCGGAACAGCGGCAGCAGCGGUGGGCUGUUUAGCACGGAGGAGGAUCAGUCCUGUCGCCCUCCACGCUCCUCUGCGCCCACACGGCUUAUCAGCAGCGAGCAGCCGGCUCUGCAGCUCCAAACAGGCAACCGAGCAGAACAAGGCACCGACGAGAUCUGCCCUCAGACCAGCACCCAGCGCCACACAUGACUGGAUCGGUCCACCGAACCCUCUGUCAAACCUGCGGCCGAUCGUUUACCACGUCCCCGAGAACGAAUCAGAGCUGGAGAAACGGCUGAGACACCUCAGGCAGGAGACGGAGGACUGGAACCAUGACUUCUGGACCAAACAGAACAUCACCUUCAGCAAGGAAAAAGAUGCUUUCAUCAUCUCACAUCUAAAGGCUAAAGGCUUGACUGUGCGCGAUGAGCAAGGACGCCGGCGGUCCCUGAACAGCGAGGAAAUGGCCGUGUUCUACAAAAGCUUCCUGGACAGAAACAGAACCCGACAUGCAAAUUACAACAAGGAAUGGUACAGACGAAACUUCACCAUCACAUUACUCAUGGCCCGAAUCGCCCUAAACAACAUGUGGAGAAGUGUCAGACACACUGGCAAGAAAAGCAGCACUCCUACCCCCUGAUAAUAAAUAAAGUAUUUAUGCACUCUCC